CGUGGUGUUGGCGGAACCGGCGAGUCCGGCGUCUCUCGGAGCUUCCCGCAGCCUCAGUUUCUCCGUGUUACACUGGGACGGGGCGGUGAUGAAGCCUUGGAGCCCGGACCCGAGCGCGGCGCAGCACCUCCCGGCUCUUAGGAGACGCGCUGACGCCGCCCGCGCCGAGGGGAUGUUGGCGAUCCGGACCCGCUCUCCCAGGGCUGUUCCCCGUCCGGGCUCGGAGUUCCAACCCGGGGAUCGAUCCCCGGUGAACCACUGCCUUUUGCACUUGAGACAGUUUCUGAGAUAUUUGGGCUCAGCAGCCAGACACAGUAAAAAAAUGGAACACCUGCCUGAUGUUGCUUCUUUUUCGACUAAACUUAAAAACACCCUAAUCCUGUACCAUAACAUUGAAGAUGACAAGUGGCGAGUUGCAAAGAAAACGAAAGAUGUAACAGUUUGGAGAAAACCUUCAGAAGAAUUUAAUGGAUAUCUCUACAAAGCCCAAGGUGUUGUAGAUGAUGAUGUCAAUACUAUAAUAGACCAUAUACGCCCAGGGCCUUUCCGCUUGGAUUGGGACCGCCUAAUGACUUCAUUGGAUAUUUUGAAACAGUUUGAAGAGAAUUGCUGUGUGAUGCGUUACACUACUGCUGGUCAGCUUUGGGAUAUAAUUUCCCCAAGAGAGUUUGUUGAUUUCUCCUACACUGUGGCCUAUAAAGAAGGACUUUUAUCCUGUGGAAUAAGUCUUGACUGGAGUGAGAAGAGGCCAGAGUUUGUUCGUGGGUUUAACCAUCCGUGUGGCUGGUUUUGUGUUCCACUUAAAGACAGUCCAAACCAGAGUGUGUUGACAGGCUAUAUUCAGACAGAUCUACGCGGAAUGAUUCCUCAGUCUGCGGUGGAUACGGCCAUGGCAAGCACCUUAACCAACUUCUACGGUGAUUUACGGAAAGCCUUACAAAAAGCAUAAUAUGUUCAGACUUGUACUGUGAUCUUGGAAUCAGCUCUUUCCUUUAGCUUCCUAUUUCUGUAUAUCCCAUAGAAGUGUUUGAGAUGUUUUUGGCUUAGUACUAUGGUAUUUUAUGUUGUUCCUAAAGUACAUAGUUAUUUAAAAGAGUACAUAGCUAUUUAAAGUAUAUAGCUAUUUGAGAGCAUUUUGAUUUUCUUAAACAUUUAUUUGCACAUUGUUUGGUGUGGCAGUGUGUUUAUGAAAUGGAGAACAUGACAAAAAUCCAUAAAGAAGUAGAGAGUAGUUCUUUGGCCGUGAGUCAAGAAAUUGAAUAGUGCCUCUUGAGUAUUUUGGCUCUUUGGAAAUUAGAGAAAGCACAAGCUUUGUUCUCUUUUAGAGCUUCUUGAACAUUUUAUAAAAUUUUUAAUACUUUUAAAGGUACAGGUUAGUGCUUUAAUUUGUUCUACGAGUUUGUCAGUAUCUUGGGCAAAAGGAAAGAGCCCCUUUCUAUAUUUUAUAAAGGUGAAAUUCAUUAUCAAUUGACUUGCACUACUUUAGGUAUUGAAAAUAUAAAAAAUGAGAGUACAUAUUAGUAACUAUAAGUACAGUUUCAAAUACAACUUUGUUUUGAUACCUAGAUGCCAUUCUUUUGUAAUACCUUAGAAAAUACAUUUGCUAUUUAUUGCAUUGAUUUUGGGAGUCUUGUAAAAAUUCACCAAGUAUGCACUGGGGAUACAACACUGAUUAACCAGCAGUCUGAGCUGGAUGGAACGUCUGGUGGUAUCCUGUGGUCAGCAAUGGAGACUCGCUGUCUGGAAAGUCAAAUUCAGUGUGUGUUCUGUACAUGUUUCAGUUUUGAAAGUGUUUUCAACUCACAAAACGUCACAAACUCUAUCAUAAGCAUUCACACUUGUGACGUAAGUUUAGUCUGGAACUAUAAAAACGCAUUGUUAGAUUUAGCCAAAUGCCUGGAUAGGGCCCUUGAUUCUGUGGCUGCCUUAAAUGAAUAUUUGCUUAAUGAUUUUUAGCCUUCCAGAUCAUUCUUUGGCUCCUGAAUUACCCAUUUAGUGUACUUUUGAAAUGAGAAUUUGAGACAACUCAGUGCUCCCUGGAAAAUCAUAAGUGUGUGUGCAUACGUGUCCUGUACAUGCACACAUCCUGAGAUCUGUCUCAGUCCUCAGAAUGUCAGUUCUUUAUGUUACUGUUUCCAUCACUUCAUUUUUUUCUUGUUCGUUUUUUUCUUCCUCUUCUUUCUCUUUUCCUUUUCCUCCUCCUCUUCCUCCUAUUCUUUUUCCUCCUCUUCUUCUUUUGACUACUAUGGGGAAAAAUGAGCUUUUGAAAUGAUUACACACAGCCAGGCCACAAAAACACAACACUUAGUAGUUCAAGCUCAUGAAAAUUUGAUAUGUAUUUUACUUGAGUGUUUUCCUGAAUGUAAAGAAAGAAUUAGUGUUUUUUUUUUUUUUUAAUGAAGUGGGAAAAAAAGCUGUUUUGUUGCUUUUUUAUUACUAUGUUGCUACUGGAGAUAAUGUUCAAAUAACAAAAGUUGUGAGCAUCAGGCUGAAAAGUAGUAUUUCAAGACCUGAUGGAAGCGAUGUACAAAAGACUCUAUUCUUAGUGGAAGUUUAUCAACCAACUGAUGCUCAUUUCUAAAUUGAGCAUAACAUUUGAACUGCUGGAUUUCUCUGCUACAUUUUUUCUUCUGCAAUAAAGAAUGAAAACUACCUUAGUUCUGAGUGACCAGUGGAACUGCUGUUAGUCCUAACUUCAUCUACAUUCCUUACUUACUAGUAUAGAGCCAUAAAGUAUAGAUAUCUUACAUUCUGUUAUUCUGUUCAGGAUGGUGAAGUGUCAACAGCAUCCAACUUGAAAAUGAUUAUAGGAGGUCUUGUUUGGUUUUGUUUUUACAAACAGAAGUAUACAUGAUUUUAAACUCUGGAACCUUGUAAUAAUAUAUUAGGUAUGUUAUGUCAGAUGUCAUAAUAUAAAAAUUUAACAAUGCAGUGUGAGAUUGAUAUUAAUAUAUAAUUGAAUCUACUGUAGCAGUGCUGUAGGACAGAAAGCUAACCUAAGCCAUAUAUAGAAUUAAAAAUAUUCAAGCAGCCACUUUAAAAAAUAUAAACAAUUGAAGUUAAUUUUACAGUUCUAUUUAACUCAUAUCCAAAAUGGUGUCAUUUCAACAUGUAAGCAAGGUAAACAAUUCUUAAGAUAGCUUAUAUUCUUCUUUUAUAGUAUUUCCUUGAAAUCUAAUGUGUAUUUUGAUAAUUUGGGCCAACUAUGUUUUAAGGGCUUAUUAGCAACAUGAGGCCAGUAGCUGUUAUAAUGAAUAGCAUGGUUUCAUAGUGUAUGUAUUAAUUUGUCUUGCUAUAAGACAAAGUAGACAAUUUCAUGGAAUUACUCUCUUAAACAGAAAUCUUUUCUACUCUCUAGAGCCUUGAGGGCUAAGUAGGACACCCAAUAAAAUAAAAAUUAUUUCCACAAAAUAUUUUCUUUUAAAGGAAAAUAACUUAAUAGAGCAGUUGAGGAAGUAAAAUAAUAGAAUUUUGUUACUCUAUGGUUACUUUGUGUAGUUUAUAGCUGGAGUGUUCUAGAAACUUGUAUAUGUAGGAAUUAUUUGGCAGAGUACUGUUUUCAAUACAUAGUAGCUAUAUUUUUAAGGAAAUUAGUUUUAUACAGGAAUUUUCAUAAGUGAUACUUGCAUGAAACAAUGUUGGGAGGUCAUGAUUAAGCAAAAAUGAUUGAGAAUUUUAAUGUUCUGUAUCUAAAUAUAAACUGCUAGAGUAUUAGAGAUAUUAUAAAUGUUAGAAUGUCUCUUCAUUUCAGUGUUCCUUGAGAUUGGAUGUGUUUGAAAUUGUACAUUGUCAUGGGUAAGAUUAUGUCCCAAUUAAUAGAAUUUUCUUUUUCUAUCCUCUCUCCUCUUCCUUUUCCAACUGAAGGACUUUUUUAAAAAAUAAACACUCAAGUUGAAUUACAUUAACAUUUCAAGCUAAAAACUUCUCAAGGUUGCCUCUUGAGAAGAUAGGAAAACUUUGCACAAUUUAAGCCCCUGAUCGUCUAUUGAGCUUUUAGGUCUAAGUAAUUCCCUUUCAUAUGAAUAAAAAUUUUACUUGUUUACUCAAGAGCAUGCAGCAUCCUAAGAAUCAGGCAUUAAGUCCAGUUUCUUUUAGUUAAAUGGAUACUGUAGCUUUUUCAACCAAGAGAUAAAUUAACAAAACCAAGAGAAUGUAAUAGAAAUCUGGAAUUGCCCAGAUUGAAAAAGAUUAAAAAGUUGUACAUUUACUUGUCCAGUGUAUCUCUUUUCUUUUCUCCUUUCUCUUUUCUUUGUAGUACCAGGGCCUUAUGCAUGCUAGGCAAGUACUCUACAGUAAGCAUUGAGCUACAGCCCAGCCUCUGGUUGAUCCAUUCAGCUUCUAGAAGUAGGGAACAAUGGGACCUCAACAGAGAAGGAACCGUAGAUUAAUCUCAGAGCACAACCUGCCUCCUAGCGCAGUAGACACGCGUCAGUCUCAUAAUCUCAGAGCACAGGAAGUGGAAAUUAUAAUUUAUUUUCACUGUAUUGUUUCCAAAGAUUUUAUAUAUCUACAAGUAAGUAUUAAAUUCAUCUCUUGCAAUUCAAGAAAAGCUAUACUAUACAUAGGUAUUAUUUUUAAAAAGUUUGUAAUUCUUUUAUGAA